AUGGCGUCAACCUGCGCCGGCUCACAGCUGCAAUGCCGUCGAGCGAGCAGGAUACCGGCUGGGUACACUAGCGGCUUCGUGCAGACGAGGAGACUUGCGCGGGCCGGACGGAGACAAGCUGUUGUUCGCGCGGAGCUGAGCAGAGAGGCUGCGCAGGCCGAGCGGCGGAGAGAUAUCAAGUACCGCCUGUUCCGCCUGGCGUCCACGACCAACCGAGGCCGCGUCUGCCCCCCGCCCAAGCGCGACGAAAUCAUAGGGUUGACGCAACAGCUCGUAGGGCUGCGCGAGGAGACGGUGACGGUGAUGGGGUCCCCGGCGCUGGCCGAGGGACGCUGGGUGCUCGUGUACUCGUCCGUGGACCCACUGCGGUCGUCGCCGAUGUUCUGGGCGCUGCAGAGCGGGCUCGCGGGGGACUCCAACGUCGCGCAGCAGGCCCUGUCGCUCAUCGCGUCGCUGCCGGGCAUCGAGAUCGGGGCGAUCACGUCCGACGUGAGCCUCGGCGACGGCCAGCUGGUGUCCAGCGUCGAGCUCUCCACCUUCCCCGGCAUCCGAGGCAAGCUGGUCACGGUGUCGUACUGCACGGCGUCGCCGCCACGCACGCUCGCGCUCACCGUCCAGCGCACAACGAUCGAGGGCGCGAACUUCCUCGCGCCGAUCCUGGACGGCGUGGCGCUGCCCGUGCGGUCGCUGAUUGAGAUCGUCCGCGGGGAGGGGCGUGCGGACGUGGCGCUGGAGACCGACUACGUGGACAGCGAGAUCAUGGUGUGCCGCGCGGUGCCGGAGGGGGCGGUGUUCGUGUACCAGCGGGCGCGGUAG